AUCGACGCGCGCGCGCGCACGCGGAGGAGCGCCCUCGAGGCUCGCGCGUCAUGAGCGGUCGCGGCGCGUCGCGGCGGGACAGCCUCAAGUCGCGGAUCGCGUCGCAGCAGCAGAAACGACGAGACGCGGCGAGGCAGCGCCAGAAAGACGCGCGAAGGGACUUCACGAACUACGCGCGAUCGCUCGCGUUCGGCGACCACGACGGCGGCGGAGACGACGGCGACGGCGGCGAACGCGACGCCUCGUCGUCGUUCGCGGAGCGAGACGAGAUCGACGCGCUGAACGCCGCGGAGGGGAUCUGCGCGAGCCGCGGGGCGGGCUCGCAGAGCUCGCUCGCGAGCGCGGACGCGGACGCGCUGUUCCGCGUCGACAGCGCGCCCGCGACCGCGGCGGCGAUGGAGGACGCGGAGGCGCGCGGGCGAGGCGCGACGGCGGAGGAGGCGACGGACGAUGGCCACGGCCGGCGGCGGAAACAGCGGCAUCGUCGCUCGUCCUCGGCGCCCGGAAAGUGGAGCGAUCGCGAGCCCUCCAGAGGGACAUCGUUCGGGGAGACGCAGUUCAUGCUCCCGGAGUGGAUGAUCGACGUGCCCCCGGACCUCGCGUCCGGGUGGUUCGCGAUCCCGAGGCCGGAGGGCCGGCGGUGCCUCGUCGUGUCGUCGCGCGGCGGCGUCGUCAGCCGGCUCCGGUCGGGGCGGCCGCUGCACCGAUUUAAAUCAGCGCUCCCCGGCGGCAGCGACGCGACGCGCCACGGCCCGGACGCGUUCUGCAUCCUGGACUGCGUCUUCCACGAGCGCGAUCAGACGUACUACGUCUUAGACUGCCUCGCGUGGAACAGCGUGUCGCUGUACGACUGCGCGGCGGAGAUGCGCGUGGCGUGGGUGCGUGGCAAGCUCGGCGACGCGGAGACUGCAGAGUGCGACGCCGCGCGCGGGGGCGCCUCGUAUGGGCAAACACCCUCGCCGCAGAAUAAGUACGCGUUCGCGGUCCCGCCGACGCACGACGCGGACGUCGAGGGCCUGCGCGCCGCGUACGAGGGCGCGGUGCCGUUCGAGAGGGACGGGAUCUUGUUCCUCGCGAAGGAUGGGAACUACGCCAUCGGCGCGUCGCCGCUCGCGUUGCAGUGGAAGGACGCGAGGUGUUCGAAGCACGUGCUCGAGAAGGUGGACGGCGACGACGGCGCGGACGAGACGCAGCGCGUCGUGCUGUGCCUGGACGCGUCCACCGGGGACGUGUGCACCGGGGACGUGCCCCCGGUCGCGCUCGCGCGUUUGCCGGAGGAGUACCGCGUCGGCGGCGUCGACGGCGACGCGCACGGGUUGCUGCUUCGAUUCGCGAUCGGCGAGGGCGGGAUCGUCGUCGACGAGAGCGGCGCGAUCGCGCGCGUUGACCUCGUGUACGAGGGCCUCGCGAACCAGCGAAGGGCCUCCGGCGCGGACGCGACGACGAAGAUUUUGUUUCAGUACUACGCGCGACGGGAGCCGAUCACGAUCGACGAGAUCGCGCGCGUCGCCGAGGGGUCGUCGGGAGACGCGGCGGCACCCUGGGCGGGGGACGGCGGCGGGAGCGGGAGCGAGAGCUCGCUCAGCGCGCCGCGGCCGCCCGCGUCGCCGGGGGCGCUGAUGCGACGCAGUCACAGCGUGACGAUGGGCGCGGUGAGCCCGCUGAAAGGGACGAACGUCGGCGGCGUGAGAGUAGAAGACAUCGCGAUGGACGAGUGA